AUGCGCCUUGAUUCUCACGUGAUACGUACGCAUGCGCACACUGCACGAGGAAAAAUGCAGCGCGGGAAGAAGGAGGUGGUCAAGGAGAGGGUGAAGCAGAGCAACCUGGACCUUCACAGCGACCUCUCUCUCUCCGCUCUGGCCAGCAGCAACAGCUGCGGGAGUCUCUCCGUCCGCAGCAGUCGCAAUGCAGCUGUCCUAGCUUCUCCUAAAACAGCAAAGGGCGGCGUUCAGCGCCUACCACCCACCAGUUUCAGCACCAGUAACCAACUGGGAGAUAGCUGCAGCUCUGAUACCGACCAGGAGAGCACAAGUGGUGGAGGUACUGACAGAGAAGGUAGAAAGAAAGAGGCACACAGCAGCGAGCAUAGAGUGGAACUUCAACAAGUCUGUGCUGAACUUCUUGCCAUCAGAGAUAAUAUGAAAGAUGAGGUGCAAGCACUACUUGUAAGAGAGGACCGAAUUCGGCAAAUGGCUACAGAUAUUACAGUUAGAGAAGAGGAAAUUGUGCAAAGAGACGAGGAAGUGAAGGAGCAAGAGGUGGAAAUGAGCCAGAGACAAGAGGAAAUGAAGACACGGGAGGAGGAAAUACAGAGAAGAGAGGAGGAAAUGAGCAGAAGAGAAGAUGAAGCAAAACGCAGAGAACUCGAAAUGAAAGCAAAAGAAGAGGAAAUAAAAACAAGGGAAGAAAAAUUGAAGCAGAGAGAAGAACGUGCAAAAAAAGAACAUGAAAAACUUGGAACAAGGGAGGAAGAUUUGACACAGAGAGAAAAGCUGUUGAGAGAAAGAGAGACUGAGAUUUCUGCUCGGGAAAUGGGGGUGACUUCUCGUGGGGAACUUCUGAGUGGUAGAGAGGAGAGGGUUGUUGAGAUGGAGCGACUGGCGUGCGAGGCCCACCAGAGUCUGGUGGAGUGUAUAGAGAGAGAGGUGGAGGGGAGGUUGGGAGAGGUGGAGGGGGGACAGAGGGAGGAGUUGGAGAGACUGGGGAGGGAGGUGAGGGAGAAGAACAGGGAGCUGAAGAGACUGAGAGAGUGCUACAAUUCCGUGAGGAAAACCAACGAAAAUCUCAAGAAAGAGUUGAAAGAAGCAGAAGAGAAGAGGCUCAAGCUACAGACUCAGCUCUCUCUGUCUCACAACCGCCUGACGGCCUUGCAGAGGAAGGAGGACGAAGCGGGAACCUCUCACCAGACGCAGCUGGAGGGCCAGAGACAACUGCUGGCUGAAGUCGAGGCUCUCAAGCAGCAGCUGAUCUGCUCUCACCAGACUGACAAGAGAAAGACAGAUCACACCUCUGCUACAGAAGGAGUUUGUUAUGAGGUGUUGGGUGCAGUACUGGGCUGGUUGGGCAGAGGUCACCUGUGCCAACCCCUCACCCCAGCCCAGGAGACCUCACUCAAUCAGACCAGCUCCAAGUUACUGCCCUCCCUGGCCACCCUCCUCCCCUCCCUCUCCUCCCAUCACACGCUGCCAGCCCUGGAGUUCCUCAUCUGGUGUCUCAUUCACAUCUCACACGACAACAAGUUGAAAUCUUCACUCUCUUCAACUCUGAGGAGGAUUGGAGACUGCCUCUAUAAGCCCAUGGUGGCAGAAGAAAGGGGUGAGAAGGCUGCAGACCUCUUCAUCAACAGCACCAACAUCCAUGUUCGCAUGCUCUCCUGUCUUGUCGUCUUACAAACCUUGACUCAAGUUGAUUGCCUGGCAAAAGUCUUUGAGCAACUUUACGAGGACUUGAAAGAAAACCAGAAGGCCAGGGAGAUGUUCCUUCUGUACCGUGGUGUGGACUGCAUUCUCCCAUACAUGAGGACUUCCUGCAGACUCCUCUGUACUCAUACUGUCAACAUAUACCUCUUCUUAUCCAUGGAGUCCGGUGUGAUGUGUCAGUGUGAGGGGAGACUGGGGACAAGGCAGUGGUUCUCAGCCUGUGCCUCUCUCCUGAGAGGACACUCCCACCCUCGAGAAGAUGAGCAUCAUUCUGCAGAGACUCUCAAAGAUCAGAGGUAUCAGAGGAUUGUUUGAGAGUGAGAAAGUGCUGAUGGCAGUACAGGAGAUUGUGAGACAGAGACAGACAAACACAGACUCCGCAUUUAUGUCUCAAUUUACAAUCCACUCUUACAAAUCUCAACAACUACAAAGAAUCACUAUGACAGAACAGAAAUAUGUACUCUGAAUUUGAGGCAGUCAUACAGCACGUACUGAACACCAAUUUCGUUUUUUUUUAGGUCAGUGUACUUCAUUAACCCUUUAUCAAUUAUCUUGUAACUGCCUCUUUCAUCUUUCUUCCAUUCCAAUGCCUUGGUCCUCCCUACAUGAUAGUGAUCUCCAGUCUGAUUGAGUAGCUCUAGCUGAAAUUUUACCUUCACCGGCCACUGGAGCUGGCCAUCAUUUUCUCCUUUCAUUAAGUACAAGAAUGCUCCAAUGUCAAGGAGAUAGUAUCGUAUCAUCAGUUGAAAUGCAUAGCCAGGGAAACAAGAGUAGAAUUGGUCACUAUAUGCGGAAGUAGGUUUUACUCCGUUUCUCUUGUCAUUGUAAUUCCCAAGUGUCAAGACCUUGUAGCCCGUGCAUAAUGCUGUGUGCUGUUCAAUGUGCUCGCUGAUACAGUGCACUCUCUGGAUGCCAUCCUUCACCUCGACCAAUUCUUUCUUCUGCGCAUCUUUGAGUUCCCUCACUUGUAGCUGUAGUCGUUCGAUUUUCCUGUCUCUGUCGGCGGACUCUUGCUGCAGUUGUCUGGUGAGACGGAGGUUGAGAGCAGUCAUGGCCAUCAGGUGUUGGAGCUCACUCUCUCUCAUGUGUGUCGCCAGCUCCCUGCGCGGGACCACGACACUACACCCAAAC